AUAGUCGCGUCAACAAAGAUGGCGUCAAAUGAGAACAAUGAAGACAUAAAGCAAGAUGGAGAUGAAGCUACAGUUGGUGCAGAGAGUAUGGCAACAGAUUCAUCAAACAAUGCUGCCAAAGAUGAGGCUACUUCUCUGCAAGUAGACAUACACAAAACUGAUGUAGAGGUGAACUCUGAAACCGACAAACCAGUUGCUGAUUCUGGGGGAGGAGCAGCAGACUCAACGCAAGCUCAAACAGAAAACUGUGAUAAAGGAGAAACUGUGACAUUUAAAGUUAUCUACAAUAAACAAAAGUAUGAUAUAACAUUUGAAUUGGACAAAACUAUACUGGAUUUAAAGAAGCAUGUACAAACACUAACAGGGGUGCCUUCAGCAAUGCAGAAAUUAAUGUUUAAAGGUUUAGCUAAGGAUGAGAACACAUUGCGAGAACUGAAAGUUACGAAAACAGCCAAAAUCAUGGUUGUUGGUUCUACAAUGAAUGAUGUAUUACAAGUGACGAACACUCCAUCACAGAAAGAACUACAGGAGGAGGAAAAGGCAGCAACUUCAAAAGAACCGCUAUGUCAACAAAAACAACACAAAAAGGUCUUGGACAAGUAUGGGAAACCAGACGAUGCAUUACCAGGUAUACGGAAGAAGAAGGAGGCUCUACCCGCCUACCCACUCACAGGCAUGUACAACAAGGCCGGUGGGAAGGUCCGUCUCACAUUCAAAAUGGAGCUAGACCAAGUCUGGCUCGGAACUAAAGAAAGGACAGAAAAGCUUCCAAUGAAUUCCAUAAAGGCUGUUGUCAGUGAACCCUUAGUUGGCCAUGAGGAGUAUCAUAUGCUGGCAUUACAACUAGGACCAACAGAGGCAUCCCGCUACUGGAUCUACUGGGUCCCCGCACAGUAUGUGGACGCCAUUAAAGACACAGUCCUAGGGAAGUGGCAACUGUUCUAGUGUUACAGUGUCACCAGUUUGUUAUGUUGGUGCACAGAAUACACCUCCUUUCUUCUAUUAUGAAGGCAAACGAAAUAAACAUCCUUAAUGGUUACUGACGCUUGAAUCAAAUAGGUAGUACAAAGCUAUGAAUUGUUCUUAUGAAAGUGUGCUAAUUAUGAUAACCAUUUGCACACAUAGCUAUGAGUCACUCUUUUUUCUGAUACUCAGUUGUACAAUAGCAAUGAUAUCAUUUAUUCAACAACAAUAGUACACAUUUUGGAAAUAAUCAUUUGGUGAAAAGGUCAAGGUCAUAAUUACCUUGAUUUUGAAAAACGAUGGACGCUGGGCGACAGGCAACAUAUCUGAUUCGCACAAUUCUAGUGGAGUUGAUUUGACAUGUUAUAUCAAUAUCUGACACAAAAUAUUACUAUCAUUAUUGAGAUUUGGCAUUAUAAUGCUCACAAGAAGGGAGGUGUGUUCACAAGUCAAUUUUGUUUAGUGUGAUUAAAAUUUGGUGCAAUGGUUCCAUUACUAUGGUCAUCAGGCUUACAAUGAUGUUAAUAUUGUGAUCGUCAAUGAACAGUGAGUUGUGUUGUGUAGUUUAUCUGACUACGAUGUAUGUCAUUUUGUCUGAGGUUAAUAUUCAUUGCUUGUUGACUUGAUGUAUGAACACACUUUACAGUUUAAGCAAGUUAAUGUUCUUUGUUCAGAUUAAACUGAAGUUUUUUGGAAAUUUGGUUUAUGUUCCUGCUUUCAAAGCGGUCCAUUAGUAGGCUAUCUCAAUUCCUGCAUGUGCAUUAAUAAGUAAUCUCUUGAAACCCCUAUCACAUAUUGUAUUGUUCCCUUUUGAAUUGUUACCGGACGAAAAUGUCCCACUUGGCUUAAAAUUAGGUAUGAUAACCAAACUAAAAUGCAUAAUAAAUCUUAUUUAAAUCGCAUACAUUAUCAUUCUAGCUGGGCUUGUUGUAACACUGUUUUACCGUGUUGACCACAAUUAAAUGGACUCGCUCAUAUAUUUAAUGUUUUCAACGAUUUUUUUUUUUAAAUUGUUGAAAAUGAGUUUUUUUUCUUAAUUUUAUAACCAAACACCAAACUGCUACCCGUAUAUCAGCCACUGGUUUAUCAGCCACUGUUAUAUAUACUCAUCUGAGCAGUUUUCAACAUUUACUGUCACAGUUUUAAAUAACUGUUAUAUACUAAAAAUAAUCGGAAUGUUGGGCGAUGUUUUAUCAUCGUUUCAUGAGUUUUGUUCGUUUUUCAAAGGUAAUUAUUUGUCCGAUACCCGACCCCAUACAACGUGAACGAGUCCCUUUAAAUGAUGUUUACUGUAAUACGUGACGCUCUGAAUAUUGUUGCUCGGCUGUAAUUGCACAAUUCAUGCAGACCAAUAAAAUAACAAAACACAAA